AAUCAAAUUAUAUUUGAUGUGCUGUUCCGUGAUCGAUAUGGAGGAGGCGACUGAAGCGUCGUCCAGGACCACGACACCAGACAUCGUUUCGCGUGAGGUCACGCCGUCAAAUGCGGCGCACGGAACACUAGGACAACCAAACCCAGCUGCACCAGGAAAGAUCACUAGCAGGAAUGCAAAUAGUACAACUAUUUUAACUUCAAUACCAAACAACGAAGCAGAGUUGCAAUUAUACCGAGUCAUGCAAAGGGCUAGCUUACUAGCCUACUAUGACACGCUUCUGGAAAUGGGUGGAGAUGAUUUACAACAGCUGUGUGAUGCAGGAGAAGAAGAAUUUUUAGAAAUUAUGGCUUUAGUUGGUAUGGCCAGUAAGCCUCUGCAUGUUAGAAGAUUACAAAAGGCACUUCAUGAGUGGGUUCAAAAUCCCGAACUUUUUCGAAGACCUCUUACUGCUAAUGAGUUGCUCGCACCUACCAGCAGCAAUCGAUCACAUAUCGUCACAGGUAAUAUUACACCAGUGACAACGCCGCCGAUCGCGCAGCAUGCUUUGACGCCAGAAAAUUUAAGGGGAGCAGCCGAUAGCCCGGACAGUGCUGGUACCAGAUACCAGGCUCUAUCUCCAGGUAUUGCUGCCCAUGAUAUCGUAUCUUCGGCAUCAUCUUCAUCACCAGCAACCAUAAGUAGCUGCCAAUUAGCAUCAGGAGCAUUGUUGACCUCACUGGUAAUGACUCGUCUGGCUUCAGCAGCAGAGAGCUUAGCUAGGCAUUUACCACCCUUAGAACCGAGACCGCCAAACAACAAGAAGCGUGUUUGUAGGGAACUCGAACGCAUCAUGGAUAUGCCAGACGAUGACCCGCUAAAAAUGCAGCUUGUCCGCCAAUACGCGGCGAUCUACGGUCGUUUUGAUUGCAAACGCCGACCAGAGAGACCUCUGACUCUGCACGAAGCUUGCGUCAAUGAGGCUGCUGCACAAUUAUGCAGGAGGGCACCAGCUUUAUUGACGAGGAGAGAUGAACUGUUUCCUUUAGCCAGAAAAUUGGUGAGGGAUGCAAAUGUCGGAGUUGGUUUUGGUGGUAUGAACGCAGGAGGCCAAACGCAGGGGCAAGGAGUUGGCGCGUUAGCCGGAAUGAAGCGUUCAGAAUCUCCUUUAGAUCAACAGCAAAACAACCACGAUGCGAGCAUGCGUUCGCCUUCGGCUAAACGACCUCGAUCAAAUAGCGAUUUGAUGUCGCCUGGGUCGCCUGCCAUGUCACCAGGCCGGCACCAACCGCCCGUAACCUCCUGCAGGCAGGUCAGCCCCGCCCGCCGCGAGAAAUCGAACUUAAAUGAAUUUUAAAGGUACUGCAGCACGAGGGCGACUGAUUCUGAAGAUACAGAUUCUAGAUAUUCUUACAGCAAUUCGAGCUCACCUCAUCAAAAUGAUAAUGACAUGAUUCAAAAAUUCCAAACUUCCAAUAAAAAAGGCAAAGAGGAUACUUCAUUUGAAAACAAUAAGAAAUUUCCUUUGGAAUGCAGCGAUGAAGCAAAAUUAAAAGUGAUUGCUUCAAAAGGAGAUAGUAUUAUAGCCGUGGCUAAUCCUGCAUUGCUUCUAUCUGGUGCACUCUUACCACAAAAUGAUACUGAACAUCGGCAGCAGAUUGCAUCCAUAACAAAUUGA